GCAGGUUUGAAAAAUGGCGCGCGGCUAACGUCAUUGUUGUGAUUCACGUGUAAAACACUUAAAAUGAGUCAGGAGGAGACUUUGGUCAAAUACACGGCAAUUUACAGGUGCUCGGAUGACAUCACCAACUUGAAAAUAAGAGUGAAGUUGCGCCAAGUGGGGGAUUUAACUGGCGAGGAUUCGGACGGUUGGGAGCAGAAAGACUUCGCCUGGCAACAGAAAUGCUUCAGCAAGUCAGAAAGGGAGUACUACAAGGACGAAAAAAACUGUAUCACAGAUCUGGAGAAAAAGUACCAUUCGGACGUCGGGGAAUCACACACUGAGGCGCAUUUUGACCUGUUUUCGUACACCAAUGACGACGAUUUUGCCCUCAAACAGGAAGUUAAUGACAAUUUCCGCGAAAAUUGCGACGAAAAUGGCCAGGGGUACGACUACGGCCAGUCACUUGUGGCAGCAGUGCGAAAUCCCAUUGGUCAUAAUUACGAGUUUGAGGUCAUGUACAUCAUGGCGGACCUCGGCGAAUACAUCGAUUCGACUUGGCUCAAGCAGGAACAAGUCCUGUGUGUCGUUAAAUACGACCGGAAGUACAAAAUAUUAUCAAUUAACCCCGACUUUACCAAAUCCCAGCCGUAUUUAAUCCGACUUGAAGGCGCCACAAUUCGCAAAUAUCACUAUUUCCUUGAGAACGUUUCGGCCCAAAUGCCUGAGGAAGCCCACCGUCGCGAAAAAGAAUUAAUCCGAAAAAUAAAUGGCCACAAAACCGAGCUUUUGAAAUGUUUGAGUUUCAAACUUCCCGCCAAAAACAAACUGGCCGUUCAUUUGUUCAUGGAACUCGCGUGGGCGCAAUAUUUCGAGUAUGGACCAAUCUACGUCCAGUAUUUCAUCGACUUGCCGUCGGAUUGGUCCCCGACUGACCAAUCGCAACUGCAGGGCGUGACGCAAACGUGUCACGUGACUGGCGAUGAGGGUUUGGCCCAUUUCGGGCACGUUUUCGACGUUACGUUAGAGUACAAUAUCGAGGAUUUGGGCAAAAGGGGAAUCCCCAAGUGCCCUUAUAUCUACUUUGAGGUUAUUUCGAAGGACACUUGGAGUCGGUAUAGGACUGAAGGGCUGACUUAUAAGGCCUUGCCCGUUGCCAAGCCGGGGAAUUACCGGUUUAACCUACAAUGUUUCCGGUUAAUCCCCGACCGGAUUUCCGGUCAGUUACGCCGGUUUUUUAUUGGCGAUUGUUCAAGCUAUGGUGACUUGACUUGGGUGGGAUUACCGAAACAUUACGAUGGGUCUGUUUUAAAUAAAUAUGGGACUAACACGGUUGGUACCGGUCUGAUCAGCGUGACCGUUCACGUCGUCCAUCAAAGCCAGGCGUUUCUGGACAAAUACAGAGAAAAUUCCGAGGAAAAUUUGGAAAUUUUCGAAAAAUUGAACUCGUCAAGUUUGGUCAAAAGCGUGGAGCAAGUGCUCCAAGCGUUCAAAAGGGCCCGAAAAAACAUGAUUGCGGCCCGGAAAUUUUUAUAAUUGUUGUUUUAUUUUGAGAAUCAAUAAACGUGGCAACGCCGCA